AUGGCUUUGGUCCAACCAAGUGGUGAUGUCAUGCCUUAUAUCCCUAAAUAUCUGGAACGUCAAGUGUUUCAAUUUCUUCGUUCAGAGUUGCCUUUCUAUCGUGUGGAGUGGACUACGGUGUUUGGUCUCGACGAUUCAUCUAGAUUUAGUGAUACUGGAGAAGUCAUCGAUACCAAUAGCAAUAAGAAAGUUGAGAAAGAGCGGUAUUAUACCAAGUAUCCGCCUAGGCCAAUCCCAAAAUGUUUAGACGAUUUACGACUUUCAACUGAAGCGGCAACGGGUUGCAAAUUCAACUUCUGUCUCGUCAACUAUUAUGCAUCAGGGUCCGAUUCGAUCUCAUAUCAUAGUGACGACGAAAGGUUUCUAGGACCACUACCGGCUAUUGCAAGUUUCUCGCUUGGAGCAAGGAGAGAUUUUGUCAUGAAACAUAAACUUAUACCGCCGAAUGAAAAUGCUCCACCUCCGCCGGAAACUAAACCUAUUAAGCUCCCACUUGCAAGCGGGGACAUGAUAUUGAUGCGAGGUAGAACGCAGGCAAAUUGGCUUCAUUCCAUCCCCAAACGAACAGGGAAGAAUGCUAACGAUGGAGGGAGAAUCAAUAUUACCUUUAGACGUGCUAUGGUAAAAAGUGGGACGGAGAACUAUUAUAAUUAUAAUGUCGGCACUGGGCCUGUGUAUAAAUGGGAUAACAUCCUGAGGGAAAUGAGAAUAUGGAAAGAAUCAUAA